AUGGAGGUGACCACCGUGUCCCCUUUUUUCAGCUCACCAACCAACGGACCUGGUGAGUGUGAGAUAGAUGUCACCAACGUGGCCAUACACAGUGUGACACUGCUUGUCUGCCUCUGUGGGCUGGCUGGGAACGGGGCUGUCCUCUGGCUCCUCCACAUUCAUGGCAUCACCGACUUCAUCUUCAACCAGGCUUUCACCGACUUCCUCUUCCUCGUCUUCACUGUGCCCUCCACUUUGCUCUUCCUGCUGGAGGAAGUCUCCUGCUCCGCUAUAAUGCCUCAGAUGUAUUUGAGCUUGCUUUUCCAGUUGUCACUGUUCUCCUACAACAUGGGGCUGUACCGGCUGAUGUUCAUCAGUAUCGACAGGUGCAGGUCCAUCCUCUGCCUGUUUUGCUGCGGUUGCCAACUUCCUGACCGCCUGUUGUGGGUAUUGAUGAGUGUCCUGUUCUGGGCCUUCUUCUUUGUUGUCAUCGUUGUCAAUCCCACCGUGACCUCCCUGUGCCAGUCACACCAGCAGGAGCACUGCUGGGUGCCUCUCCUCUCCAUGUACGUCUUCAACCUCUUCCUAUUUGCUGCACCCAUGGUCAUUUCCAGCACAAUCCUCUUCACUCAUUUCAUGCCUGGCUCCCAGCAGCAGCAACACAAGCGGCUCGACAUGGUUAUCUUCCUCAUUGCACUCUCCAGUCUGCCCCUCAGUCUCUGGUAUUUCCUGCAGCAGCUCGGUUACACAGUUGUGUCCUCCCAGGUGGUUUUCCUACUCGCCUGCAUCAACAGCAGCAUCAAACCCUUCAUCUACUUCUGGGUGGGGAGCUGCAGGAGACACUACUCCAUGGAGAGCUGCAGGAGCCACUGCUCCAUGAAGUUCCUAAGGAAGGCUCUCCACAGGGUGUUUGAGGAGCCAGAAGAAAACCCUGCCUGCAGUAAUGAUGCCAUCACAGACACAACGGUCUGAGCCCAUUGAUCCCUUCCACUGCACUGCUGGAGGACCCCAGGACAGUGGCUGAGAGAUUCCCUGAGCCACCUGAUGAAUAAAUAUCCACAGUGUCACCCACCCUGUGCUGAUGCAUCCCUUCCCCCUUCCCAGGCUAUAUUGGGAUCUGAGAAAUGCUCCUGAGGCAUCCGCCUUGAGGAACAGCUCCAGGGCUCAUCAAAAACAUCCUCUGCUCCCAGGAACUGCUACUGUCUAGCAACCUCCCAGGUCUUAUGGACAGCCUUGGAAAUUAUUUCACUUUCCUGAAUGGCACAACAUCCCUGUUCUCACACUUUCACAGAAAGCUGCCAGCCCAAAGUGUGGCCAGGAUGAAACAUGGUUGUGACUGAAGCCCAUCCCUUGGGGCCCUGUAAACAGUGGUCCAAAAGGAGACCCUUGGAGCUCUCCUGGGCCCCAGCAGUUCUGACCAGAACCUCCCUGGGAGUGGGGCCUCUCCCAGCCGGGAUCUCUCCCAUUUGCUGCCCUCGGGUGAUCCCCGAACACCGACGGGUCCUGGGCCAAUCCCCCCACUGCUCGAGGCUCAGCCCUUGGCACAGUGAGGAGAUGCAAACGGAUCCACAGUGAGCAUUUCCCUGCCUCCAAGGGGAAUUUCUCACAGGGACCUUGCACUGGCUCUGUCUGUGUGCACACACGUGUGCAUCUGCCAUGGCAAAUGUGGGAGCAAUGCUGCUCUCUCAGGUGUUUUAGUGCCUGAGACAUCUGAGUGAGUCAGGCCUGUAAAGAAGUACAAGGCAUAAGUUAUUUUAAAUGUUGUUAAGUGUUAUUCCCCCCCUAAGUGUGCUAAGUUUAAGGUAUAACUGAAGUACUGUUAAGUUUGAGUGCUGUAAACUUUUUAGGUCAUUUUCCUUUUUAUCCUUACCCUCACUGUCCUUUUGUCACACGCACCUGAACACACAGAAACACACACAGGGACAGUGCUUUGGUCUGUGUUUGCUUAAUAUUAA